GCCAACCAGUCCUAAGAAGGGCUACUGCCCCAGCCUGAGGGCAGGCAUACCCCGCUCGCAGGAGCCCCCUGGCCUGAGCGGAAGAACAUGGGGGGCUCUGGCGUCUGCAGCCUGAGAGUGGAAACCGAUCAGUGGUCUCCUGAGGGGAAGACACAACCCCAGCCUCAGGAGACCUUAUUCUGAGUUUAGGAGCCACAUUCCUGCUCUCAGGGGACCCAAAGCGGAUUUCUACAAGCCGGGGCCCGAGAACUUCUCUGUGGGACACAGCCGGCCCCGAGCGGGGGAAGGCGGGCGCAGACUAGUCCCAACUCGGAAACACCAAGCAGCAGAGCGGGGCGGGAGCGGUUAGGCUUUCUGUCGCAGGCCAGGUGGGCUCCUUGGGCCCUGGGGGCGCAGGGGACGGGGUGCUAGGGGUCAAUGCCGGGGCCCUUUGCCGCCAGCUGCCCCCUCCCCCUUCCCUGCGGGCUUUUGCACACGACGCGCCGCUUCACACGGGGUAGCGGGGACCGGAUAAAGCCAGCGGGAGCGGGGCGCCACGGCUGGCGUAGUGGGGGCAGCAGCGGUAGCGACAGCGGGACGACCCCUCGGCGGCCUCGGCACGGCCAGGCGGGAGCGAACUCGCGGCAGAGCGGGCGGGCGAGGGGCGCACGCGCCGGGGCGGCGGGAAAGGCGCGCAGGGCCCUCCCGGCAGGUGAGUGCGCGCCGCGGAGCGUCCCGCGCGCAACUUCCAGGGAGCACACGGCAGGGCGCGCGGGGCCGCAUGGAGGCCACCGAGAGGAAGCAUCUGUUGGACGCCAGGCUUGGAGCCGGGUCUUACAGAUCUCUGUGGCAGGAUGGGGCUGGCUGGAUCCCUCUGUCUUCACCUGGCCUGGACUUGCAGCCCAUUGAGCUGGCUACCAAGAGCAACCAUUACUGUCAUGCCCAGACGAGUCCUGGCAGUCACUGCGACCCCAAGAAGAAGAGGGCCUGGCGCCAGCUCUGUGUGGCCUGUGCCUUCUGCCUGUCGUUCAUGAUUGGGGAAGUCAUUGGUGGGUACCUGGCACAUAGUUUGGCGAUCAUGACAGACGCAGCCCACCUGCUCACUGACUUUGCCAGCAUGCUCAUCAGCCUCUUCUCCCUGUGGAUGUCUUCCCGGCCAGCCACCAAGACCAUGAACUUCGGCUGGCAGCGAGCUGAGAUCCUGGGCGCCCUGCUCUCUGUGCUGUCCAUCUGGGUCGUGACUGGGGUACUGGUGUACCUGGCGGUGGAACGGCUGAUCUCUGGGGACUAUGAGAUCGAGGAGGGGACCAUGCUGAUCACGUCGGGCUGUGCUGUGGUCGUGAACGUCAUAAUGGGGUUGAUUCUUCACCAGUCUGGCCACGGACACAGCCAUGGCCAUGAGCACAGCCACGACACCAGCCAGCAGCAGGAGAACCCCAGUGUCCGAGCUGCCUUUAUCCAUGUGGUUGGAGACUUUCUGCAGAGCUUGGGCGUUUUAGUGGCAGCCUUUAUUUUAUACUUCAAGCCAGAGUACAAGUUUAUAGACCCCAUCUGCACCUUCCUCUUCUCCAUCCUCGUCCUGGGGACAACCUUGACCAUCCUGAGAGAUGUGAUCCUGGUGCUGAUGGAAGGGACCCCCAGGGGCAUGGACUUCACGGCUGUGCGGGAUCUGCUGCUGUCGGUGGAGGGGGUGGAAGCCCUGCACAGCCUGCAUAUCUGGGCACUGACUGUGGCCCAGCCUAUCCUGUCUGUCCACGUCGCCAUCGCUGGGAACGCAGAUGCCCAGGCUGUGCUGAAGGCAGCCAGCGCCCGCCUGCAGGGCAAGUUCCACUUCCACACCAUGACCAUCCAGAUAGAGGACUACUCUGAGGACAUGAAGGACUGUCAGUCAUGCCAGGGUCCCUCGGACUGAUUGCCUGGCCAGGCGCCAACUGGGGCAUGGACAGGCCUGCAGACGGCUGGGCUGAGUGUCCCCCAGGCCCAGCCAGGACUCUGCCUACCCCAGGUGGGUUAUAAACCAGGGCCCUCUCCUGACUCCAUGUUCAGCGUGGAGGGGGCUCGUCCCACUCCAGGAACGGGCUCUUCCCCAUCUCCCCCAUCUGACUACUGCCAGCAGUAGUCUCGGCAGGUGUAAAGCUGGUGUGACCCUGCUCUUCCAGCUCCCGGUGGGGCAGGGUUUGGGCCUCAUCCUCAGCUAAUGCCGCCCUACCACUAGCCUCUGGAAAGGCAGUGGGGCAUAGUGAGGGGUGGUAGAGGGGAGACUCAUUGUCCCCUCACCUACCUGCCUCAUUUCCCAUUUUCAGUCUGUCUGGCCUUUGCCUUAUGAAUCUGUAAAGAAGCCCUGGGACAGAGCCCCCUUCCUCUGCCUCUAACAAUACGCUACAAGGAGGCCAUGGGGGUUGGGGAGUGGUGAGGACCCUGCACACUCAUACGGGUUCCCCCUGAGAUGGGGAGCCAGGGGGCACCUGAGGCUGAUCUGUGCCUGAGUCAUUUCACUGAGAGCCAAAUGUUUCCUUUUCCUGGAGGUAGGGGGCUUCUGACUAGGUAAGGACCCGCUGGUUCCCUCUUUCCUUAUCCCCCCCCCCCCCCCCGCCUCGCCAACGUCCAGGAAGCUGUGCCAACACAAAGGUGUCCUGGCGGGAGGGGUGGAGAUGGGCAGAGAUUUCAGCUUGGGUCCCCCCCCCCCCAAACAGCCCCACAGGCCCCGGGCCACUCCUCUUGCCCUGAUUGUGUCCCGGGGUCGAGGAGCCUGACACUGGGUAUGGUUGGGCCAGCUCUGUUGCCGGUAUGGCCUGGCCUGCUCAAAACUUGGGGAUGGAGGACAAAGAGGGUACAACCUGAACAGGAGCCCCUGGCUUCCUGAGGUGUGUGUGAAGAUUCCUGAAUUAGGAGGUGGCUUGUAUUUCCAAGAUGAAGCCAGGGGACCUGUCCCCAGUGUCACAGAGGAGGCAGUAUGCCCAGUCAUCAGGUGGCUCUGAUCUAGUGGUCUGUCUCUGCCCUUAGGGAGGUCAGCGUCUCUCUCGUCUGCGGACUAAGAAUGUUGACACCUACCUCACAGGGUUGUUGUGAGGACUGGGACCAAAGUCAGCUGAGCA